CUUGCGGCAGAGGGAGGCUGUAUCACCUGACCAGGACUCUGGAGAGGCAAUGGCGACGACCAUCCUGCGCUGGUGCUGCCCUGGAAGGCGUUGGGUUUUCGCCGGGAUUGGCGGCGGUUCUCGCCACGGAAGAGGGGUUCCAACUGGGUCCACGUCCAGCGGGAAGAGGGGACAGCGCUCAGUGGCUCAGCAGCCCCUCAUCACGGCCCAGAAACCGAGGAAAGGUGAACGUGAAUGGGCAGCUGUGGUAGGUUUGGAGAUUCAUGCCCAGAUUGCCUCCAACUCCAAACUCUUCUCUGGAUCUCAAGUCGACUUUGCAGCACCGCCCAAUUCUUUGGUAUCUUUUUUUGAUGCAUCCCUGCCUGGAACUUUGCCGGUCCUCAACAGGCGGUGUGUGGAGGCAGCCGUGAUGGCCGGCCUGGCCCUGGACUGUCACAUCAACAGGAGGUCCUUGUUUGACCGGAAGCACUACUUCUACGCAGACCUCCCCGCCGGCUACCAGAUUACCCAGCAGAGGCUGCCGAUCGCAGUGAACGGGAGCUUGGCGUACAGCGUCUGUGUGGGGAAGAGGCGGAGUCAGAUGGUCACCAGGACAGCGGGGGUCAAGCAGAUCCAGCUGGAACAGGACAGCGGCAAAAGCCUCCAUGACAGCCUGCAGUCCCAGACGCUCAUUGAUUUGAAUAGAGCGGGGGUCGGCCUUCUGGAAGUGGUCCUGGAGCCUGACAUGUCCUGUGGAGAAGAGGCGGCUGCAGCCGUCAGGGAGCUACAGCUGAUUCUUCAGGCCCUGGGCACCAGCCAGGCGAACAUGGCAGAGGGCCAGUUGAGAGUGGACGCCAACAUAUCUGUGCAUAACCCUGGGGAGCCUUUGGGCAUUCGAACCGAAGUAAAGAAUCUCAACAGUGCCAGGUUUUUGGCCAAAGCUAUAGACUAUGAAAUUCAGAGGCAAAUCAAUGAACUUGAGAAUGGAGGUAAAAUCCUGAAUGAAACUCGCUCGUUCGAUUACAAGCUGGGGUGCACCGUGCCGAUGAGAGACAAAGAAGGAAAACAAGACUACAGGUUCAUGCCGGAGCCCAACCUGCCCCCGCUGCUACUCUACGACUCGGAGUCCCUGCCCACUGGCACAGACCCGCAGCAGGUGAUCAACAUCGACCGGCUCCGGGAGCAGCUUCCCGAGCUGCCCCGCGUGACCCGGGAGAAGCUCGUGCAACAGUAUGGGAUGCUGCCGGAGCACAGCUUUGCCUUGAUGAAUGAAGUUGGCCUACUGGAGUUCUUCCAAAAUGUGAUAAAGGAAACUAGGGCAGAGCCAAAAAAAGUGACUAGUUGGGUCCUCAACACUUUUCUGGGCUUUUUAAAGCAAGAGAACCUUGCUGUCAGUGAGAGUCCUGUCACACCCUCUGCCCUGGCUGAGCUGCUUGACCUGCUGGACAGGAAAGCCAUCUCUUCAUCCGCAGCUAAACAGGUGUUUCGGGAACUGUGGAGGAGUAAGGGCAAGACCCCAGCACAGAUGGUUGCAGAAAAGAAGCUUGAACUGAUGCAGGAUACAGAGGCGCUGGAGCAGCUCUGCCGCUCCACGCUGGAGGCACAUCCUCAAGUGGUCACGGAUGUAAAGAAGGGAAACCCCAGGGCCAUAAACAAACUGAUUGGGUUGGUCCGAAGAGCGACUCUCAGCCGAGCUGAUCCGACGGUGAUAAAGGAGGUGCUGGAGAGGCAGCUGUCGUCGUGACGGGUUCGGGUCCCCCUGCC